AUGUUAAACAUACCCACAACACACUACGCACAUUGUGUAGUGACAACUCUCUGUUACUCUUUCUCUUUAUGUGAGGAUGUUUGUUAUUGGAUGAUCACUAAGUUACAUUUCAUGUUGAUUUUACAAUGUAUAUACGCUUUCUUAAUUUAUAUAUAUAUUUCUUAUGGUUUAAAUCACAGUGAACCCAUUAAUGUAUAUCACAAUCUAGCAUAUCAAUAUCGCAAAUAUCGCAAUAAUCACAUCAAUUUUCUUUCAAACAAUGCUUCUAAUGUCACUUUAUACUGUAAAAAUAAACAUAUACUUUUAAAUCGACGCAAUGAUUACUUAGAAGACUAUACUACCUAUGAGAGGAUCCUACAGUCAUCUCCGAUACAAGGAUUAAAUUUGCCCGAGAAAUAUUACAUUUUGGCCAUAGAAACUAGCUGUGAUGAUACGGCUGUUGCUAUACUCGACAAUACUGGAAAUGUAAUAUCCGAGUACAACAAGAACCAGUCACAUAUAAUAGAAAAGUACAAGGGUAUCCAUCCAGCAGAAGCUAAAAUUCAGCACGAAAAAUGCAUACAUCAAGGUAUAGAACAAGUUUUCACUGAUUCUAAAAUUUCAGUGAGUGAUAUUGGAUUUAUUGUUGUUACUAGAGGCCCAGGACUUGAAUUGUGUCUGAGAGUUGGGUAUAAUACAGCUCUUGAAUUUGGAAAAUUACAUAAUUUGCCUGUAAUUGCCUCUAAUCAUCUUGCAUCUCACAUUAUAACUCCAAUUUAUGAUUCACUUCACUUACAAUCUUCCACCUUUUGUAAUCAGGAGGCAUUGGAAUAUCCAUUCUUAGCUUUAUUGCUUUCGGGAGGCCACUCUCAAAUAUAUGUCGUCACCAGUCCAAUCACCUACUUUUUAUUAUGCGAUUCAGUGGAUUCUUAUAUGGGAUCUUCGCUAGAUAAGGCAGCAAGGAUGUUAGGGCUGUAUUUGGGUAAUAAUGGAGCGCCCAGUUUGGAAUUAGCAGCGCAGAAAGGCAUAGAUGGGGUAUAUUGUUUUAAGGAACCACUGAAUCAUACUCAAGCGUGCCAAUUUAGUUUCUCAGGCAUCAAUUCCCAACUUGAGCGCUACAUAGCAUUGGAGCUUAAUAAAAAUUCCAUUGAUACUGUAGAUAAAUUACCUAUAAGUGUUGUAAAUAAUCUGGCAAGGGGGGUACAAAGCAUAACUAUAUCGCACGUAAUAACACAGAUAGACAAGGCCAUAGAUGUAGCUGAAACUCUAUUUGGCAUAAACAAACUUGCAAUUGUGGGCGGGGUAGCCUGCAAUCAGGAACUUAUACUAAGAUUAAGUGAACAUCUUCAUAACAGGAACACAUACGAAUAUCAAAAAAAAUUGUCAAAUAAGUUCAUUAACAGACAAUUGAAAAUAAUAAGGAAGUUUAGAAACUGCAAACGCAUGCCAAAGGAUAAGUUACAUAGCAUUUCAACAAGUGACUUAAUUUUAAAACUUUGGAAUGGUGAUAUCUCUUCUAUUUACCCUUCUAAAUUUAGAACAAAGCGCAAUAACAACAUGGCGUACGUGUUUAAUAACGAGAUGUGGAAUAUAAUACUCAACACUUUCUUGGCUUCCAUAGAUUCACUGGAAAUUCAGAAAAUAGUCAAUGGGCUUAUACAUCUACAUGAUACAUCACUUCAUAACGUCGUUGAAAUUGCCAAAUUUUCAUCCAUGUCCCUGUUAAAUGCGAUUAUAAAUAUGAAUAACACAUUACUGCCCAAUCGAUUCAUUAAUAGCGUUAAUUAUACUGAUAAAGAAUGGAAAAUAUUCGUUUCAACAAUGAAAAGAUGCAGGGACAACGCGCCUAUGGCUGCUUGGAGUGUGCUAGAAAAAUUACGCAAUAAUUUAAACAUCUAUCCUAUAUACGAUGUCGACAAGUUGAUAUUCGAUAACAAUGAUGGAAGCAGUAUCGAUGUAUAUGAUAAAUGGGACUUGUCCAUACAUAGAAAUUUGGAUAUUUUGUGUGAAAUUUGUAAAUUAGAUGCGAUGAAACUACUAUAUGACAAUUAUAACAUCAAUUAA